GAGGGCAGGACUGGCAGGGUGCGGUCUGAAGUGGCAACAGAUCGUUUUGGAUCACUCAAAUCCCUUCAAUUCAACUGGAAAGCUGCAGCUUGUUGCACGCCGGCCGCAUAUGGAGAGGAAAAGCUUUCAAUCCAGAGAGGACACCAACCAAACAGCAGGCGAAAGUGGCUGAUGUUGUGACAGUUUCCCAGAGCAAAAGAAAGAGAGGGAGAGAAACCACAACACUGCAACUUGGAUAUCAGUAACCGCGCUCUCUCUUUAACUCUCUCACCCACCAAAUCGACUUUGAACCUGUUUGUUUAAAUACACGGACUUUACAGCCUGCACACUUAGCCUACUGUUGGUUCUGUAAGACGGAGGAAGCGAAGUUUCUCAGUUCGGGUUCGGGUUUUUGGAGCCACUAAAAACUUUUUUUGGUGUCCUCAUGGUGCCCGGCGCAGCCGAGGUGCUGGGCUUCUUUUACUCGAGUUUGUUGUGACGUGAUGUUGCGACUGUCACGGACGAUGGAGUCGGGAACUGAACCGGGGAGGUACUGAAGACAUCUCUCUCCCCAGGGAGAGUUCUCCUUCUCCCCCCGCCCCGAGGCGAUGCGGAUCUCCUUCCUCCUUCUCACCGCCUCUCUGUGUGCCUCGGUCCUCCUCCUCGCACCUGCCUCGGAGGGCUGCGGGCCGGGGAGGGGGUACGGCAAGAGGCGGCUCCCGAAGAAACUCAUGCCGCUUGCCUACAAGCAGUUCAGCCCCAACGUCGCCGAGAAGACCCUGGGAGCCAGCGGGCGACCCGAGGGCAAAAUAACGCGCAACUCCGAGCGCUUUAAAGAACUGACGCCGAAUUAUAACACAGACAUUAUCUUCAAAGAUGAGGAGGACACGGGAGCCGACAGGCUCAUGACCCAGCGUUGUAAAGACAAGUUAAACUCUCUGGCCAUAUCUGUGAUGAACAUGUGGCCGGGUGUGAAGCUGAGAGUGACAGAGGGCUGGGAUGAGGAUGGCCAUCACUCAGAGGACUCGCUGCACUAUGAGGGACGUGCUGUCGACAUCACCACGUCAGACAGGGACAGGAAUAAGUAUGCCAUGUUGGCCCGUUUGGCUGUAGAAGCUGGAUUUGACUGGGUCUUCUACGAGUCCAAAGCCCACAUUCACUGUAGCGUCAAGUCUGAACAUUCUGUGGCAGCCAAAACUGGUGGUUGUUUCCCCGGCGAUGCUCAGGUUAUUCUUGAGGGCGGGGGUACAAAACAGAUGCGUGACCUUCACCCUGGUGACUGUGUUUUAGCUUCCUCAACAACAGAUGGCCACGGUGCUCUUCUCUACAGCCCAGUCUUAUCCUUUUUGGACCGCCAGCCCAACGUCACCAAGAUCUUCUACAUCAUCGGCACCGACACAGGACUUAAUAUAACUCUCACAGCAGCUCACCUGAUCUUUGUCACAGACUGCACUGGAGGGCAGAGUGAGCUGGGGAGGGAAGAGACAGUUGAAGAGCCAUUUUUGGGCUCCACACCGGGGGACAGGCCUAGCUGGGAAGCAGGUCUGAGGACAGUUUUUGCCAGUGAGGUCCGUCCAGGACAGUGCGUACUUACACCACAAGGGAAGGUGGGGUCACAGACAACAUUUUCAGUUGUGACCUUUGUGGAGGAACAGAGGAGUACCGGACUGUAUGCCCCACUCACCCAGCAUGGGUCUAUAGUGGUGAACGGCGUGCUGGCAUCCUGCUACGCCGCUGUGGACAAUCACCAUUUGGCCCACAAGGCCCUGGCCCCACUGAGAUUCUUCUACAGUCUGAUAGGGCCUUCAGAACCGCAGACUGAUGGGCUGCACUGGUAUCCUUGGCUUCUACAGAAGCUAGGGCAAAUGCUGCUGGAUGCUGGACACUUCCACCCCUGGGGGACUGAGCAAGGACUUAGAUAGGAGCCACAGAGACAUGUGUCACACUGAUGACUUCAUUCAGUUACCUGUAUUCAGGAGAACCAAAGCACAGAACACUGCUGUCUCUCGCAACAGAAGAAAGUGAUCGAGGGACUACCAAAGACAACUGAUUUUAUAGUGUAAAUGUAUUUUGUACUCACUCUACUUGCCUGUAUUUGCUGUACUUCAACAAACUCCUUUUUGUAGCACAAGUAAAAUUGUGCAGGAGACAAAGAGAGGAGACGGUUUGCUUUAGUUUAGGUGUGCAAGAAAAUCAGCGUAAAUCAAAAAUAAAAGUUUUAGUUUGAAUACCAACAUAAAUACCGGAAUAAGUGUCACCACCAUGUUCAAUCCACUCACCUUACAGAUAAUAAACAAAGACUGUGACUCAAAACAAUAGCUUUCAUUAAAUCAAAUUGUAGGUAGCAAGUAAAACAACCAGGUUUAAUCAUUCCUUUGUACUGUAUCUACCAUAACCUGCCAACAUUUAUGCAUUUUGAGAUCAAACUAGGUCAUACUGACACAGUUAGAAGUAAUUUUAACAUAUGAGGGAAAAAAGUAUCAUGAAGAAAACCGGGUGUGAUUUAAAGCUCUGUUUGUACAUAGGUAUUUAUACAGUUAAGUAAUGUUAAGAAGGAAAGAAAGACAACAAAUGAACUUUGCUCUUUAUACUGUCAAAAUAAUCAUUGCAGAAAAUCCACUGAUGCUUCAGUCUUCUCUGUAGAACCUAUACUGUAUAUGAGAAAUCACUUACAAAAUAAUAUUUAACUGGAAAAUUUACAAAGCUCAUUGAAAUGUGGUUGGUGAAAUCCUAUGUAUUUACUGAAUGCAGUGUAGCGACGUGCUGGUGUUGCAGUGUAGCUUCAUGUCUGAAAAGGGCUUUGUUGGGAAACUAUUCAAUGGCAGGGAGUGAUGAUGGACACGAUAAUUGUGUUGCCGUGUUUUUGCGUUCAGCGUAACAAAAUUUGUGAAGUACUGAUGCGGGAUAGAUGCAUGGUGCUGUGACGGCCUGUCUUGUUCUUCCAAGUCCGCCAUCUGUUUUCAUUCAACUUGAUUGUCUCAGACUGAUGCAUAUGGUUCAUUUAUACAUACAUGUUUUUUUUGUGACGUUUUUCAUUGUUUCAGGUUUUCAGUUUUCAGGUCAGUAGAAUCUAGUUAAGUCAUCCACAAAACUCAGGCUCUAUUCAACUACUGUAUUAAGCAACAGCUAUGCAUCAUGAUAAAUAACAGUUAUCUUUAAUCCUGAAUAGUAAGAGUUUGUUUGAUAGCUCUCCUUUACAUUAACCUUUUUUUUUUUUGUAUUCCAUCUAUCACCCAAGACCCAGAUUGGCAGGGGUACCAAAAAGCUGAUCUUUAACUCUGUGAGACGCAAAUCUAAUCUUGUGAUAUAUUGCCGAAAGGAUAUGAACACAUACAUAGCUCAUAUUGCCCAAGUGUCCCUUCAGAAAACAUUUGGUGAGCAUGUUUUGUGAAGACUCAAACAUUGCAAUGAUCUAGGAACUCCAAGGCUUUCUCUAUAUGCCUGCUCAAAGAUUUGUUAAAUAUGUAUAUUAAGCUAUUGUUGGAGAGACUAUUUAAAGAUCUAUUUUUAGAAAAUAAUGUAAACUAUUCUUA